UGACCGUCAAUGCUAUCGUGACGGGAACAUAUUUUGACCGAAUUGUCUUGGUCAUGUUUGAAAACACUGGAUAUAAUAAAACAAUAGUACAACCUUAUUUUCAAAAUUUAACUAUCCGUAGUAAUGGCCUUGUUCUUUCCAACUACUUUGCGGUUGCACAUCCGUCUCAGCCAAAUUAUAUUGCCACAAUUUUUGGUUCAACCGCUAAUGUCACGGACGAUUCAAAUCACGACAUUGCCGGAAUCAAUCUAGUUGACCGUCUUGAAGCUGCCGGUAUCUCCUGGAAAGCUUAUAUGGAAGACUAUCCUGGUAACUGUGAUCCCAUUAGUGUUUACCCUAAAAAAACAAAGUUAUACGCACGGAAGCAUAAUCCUUUCAUUUCAAUGGAUACAAUAAGAUUAAAUUCCACUCGUUGUGCGAAAAUAGUUGCUGGUACCCAACUUGAUUCUGACAUAACUGCAACAUUUGCAAACAAUUGGUUACAAAAUUGGCUUGAACCAAAGCUCACGCAACCAGCAUUCACAACCAAUACAUUAAUCUUUAUCACUUUUGAUGAAGAUGACGGUACUGAAAACAAUCACAUUUAUAGCGCUCUUGUUGGUUCUCCUGUUGUUCCUCCUCCAAAUCAUGAUGACAAUACCGCUUGCAAUCAUUAUUCAUACUUGGCUACCGUAGAAGCAAAUUGGAAUUUGCCAAAUUUGGGUAGAAAUGAUGUCGGUGCAUCAACCUUCACUACACAUUUGGUGCACCCUUAA